ACGUUCAAUCGCGUCGAUGUUGUGCGCGCGGCCGGAUGACAUGCAGCCGGCGACGCAACGUUCAUCGCGGGACGUGUUGAAACUGGGCCGGUACAUUGUGCGGUGUCUGACGGCCCAGCCGGACAUCUGGUUGCUGUUCUUGUACAAGUGCGGUCAGCUGGUGGCGGUCAACCUGCACGAACCCGUGGCGCGCAGCGUGGGCAUCCUGGACGAACUGUUCCAGGCGCAGCAGGGAUUUCCGCCGGAACCGGACCAGCUGCAGCGGGAACGGCGCGAACCACGGGACCGAGAGCGUGCAGUCCGACCAGUGACCAUAGGAUCUCUGCCGUCGUCGCCGCGGUCGCCGACCGACGGCCGACUGUCAAACCGGGCGCUGUGUGUCGCGUCGUCGUCGUCGUCUUCGUCUUCGUCAUCGUCCGCGUCGCCCGACUCGGUGUCCCCCGCGUCGGUGUCGUCGUUGUCGCCGGACAACGACCAGUUCCGCGGCAUGGACGAGGACGACACGGACGACGGGUACAGCGAGUCGGACGACGAACCGUUCGCCUACAUGACCGGCCGCCGGUUCUCGCGCACCCCGUCCACCGGCGAACCACGGAGCCGUCGCAGCAGUUCCGGCUGCGGUAGCAGUUACAACAGCGGUGGUAGCUGUUACAACAGCGGCGCCAACAGCCCCUGGAGCAGCGUGACCGGCCGCCGACGCAACAGCUGCACCGACAUCGCCGAAGUGGCCGACGACACCGGCAGUUGCAGAGAUACGCUGAGCGUCAACUCGUAUGGAAUGCCUCAGUCUGGUUCCACUGUGUCCCAGAGAGAGAAUUCCAGCUUCUUGCCUGUCACUCAGCCGGCCAGUGCUCCAACAUCGCCAGUCGGUUCUCCAGUCUCGCAGCUGUUAUCUGAUCUCUCCAACAUCACUCUAGAUCCCAACUGGCAGGCCAUCAAGUCUACUGUACGUGAACGUAAUGCUGCCAUGUUCAAUAACGACCUCAUGGCUGAUAUAUACUUUGUCGUGGGCAAUCCAGGACACACCCAACGUAUACCAUCACAUAAGUAUAUUUUAGCGACUGGAAGUUCUGUUUUCUAUGCCAUGUUCUAUGGUGGAUUAGCGGACACUAAAGAAGAAAUUGAGGUGCCCGAUGUUGAGCCAACAGCAUUUCUCACUUUACUAAGGUAUUUAUAUUGUGAUGAAAUCCAAUUGGAGCCAGAUACAGUUCUAGCUACAUUGUAUGUGGCUAAAAAAUAUAUCGUACCACAUUUGGCCAGGGCUUGCGUUAAUUACUUGGAGACUAGCCUAACUGCAAAAAACGCGUGUCUGCUCCUCAGCCAAUCACGGUUAUUCGAGGAGCCAGAAUUGAUGCAGAGAUGUUGGGAAGUGAUUGAUGCACAAGCAGAAAUUGCAUUACAUUCAGAUGGAUUUGUUGACAUUGAUGCUGAUACGUUGCAGAGUGUAUUAGGACGUGAAACCAUUAAUUGCAAAGAAACCAUACUAUGGGAAGCAGCCAUGAAUUGGGCCUCAGCUGAAUGUAGCAGACGUGAAAUAGAACCAACCCCAUCUAAUAAACGACAAGUAUUAGAUUCUGCUCUGUAUUUACUCAGGUUGCCAGCAAUGUCCCUAGAAGAAUUCGCUAAUGGACCUGCUCAAAUGGGCAUGUUAACAUUAGAAGAAACUGUCGAUUUAUUUCUCCACUACACCGCAUCCAACAAACCUCGCUUAACUUAUCCAACUAAGCCACGUAUAGGACUAAAACCUCAGACGUGCCAUCGAUUUCAGUCCUGUGCUUAUCGUAGCAAUCAGUGGCGGUAUCGAGGUCGUUGCGAUAGCAUUCAGUUUAGUGUUGAUCGCCGUGUGUUCAUAGUAGGUUUCGGCUUGUAUGGUUCGUCAACUGGAGCUUCCGAUUACACUGUUAAAAUUGAACUCAAACGUCUAGGCCGUAUUUUAGCUGAAAACAAUACAAAAUUCUUUUCAGAUGGUUCAAGUAACACUUUUCAUGUUUAUUUUGCACAUCCUGUACAAGUAGAUCCCGAAUUGUUUUAUACUGCUUCAGCUAUAUUAGAUGGUGCAGAAUUAAGUUAUUUUGGCCAAGAAGGACUUAGUGAAAUAAAUGCUGGUUGUGUGACGUUUCAAUUCCAGUGUUCUUCAGAAAGUACUAAUGGUACUGGAGUUCAAGGGGGGCAAAUUCCAGAACUUAUAUUUUAUGGUCCAAUUAGUGAAAACCAUUAAUACAUUUUAAAUCAUUUCCAAUCCGAAUUAAAUACCCAAGUAUAUAAAACUACUAAACUCAAUUGAAAAUAUUUUGUUCAAAAAAUGUUGCUCCUGUAUGAUAUUUUGGAUCUCUAUUAUACCCAAUCACUAAACCACAUCUCAUAUUAUGAUAACUCAACUAAAUCAUUAGAGUAUGAUUACAUAUUCUCGCCAAGUAAAUUAUAUGUAUUUUUAGAUGUAAUAUAAUAUAAUAAUUAAUAAUAUGUAUGUUAUAUUUUUUUUUUUUUUUAUGUUGGUAAUUAUAAACGGUAUUUGGUCAAAUUAUUCAAACUAAAAUAUUUUUUUUCGUUAUUGUUUUAUAAGUUUAUUAUAAAUUAUAAUAUAAUAAAAUCUCUCACCAAACUCGGUUCACAGUGUAUACUAUGCAUUAUGUAUGUAAUAGUACUAGUCUAGGGCUUGGAACUUUAUGUAAUCCUUAUUUAUAAGAUAUUAGUAUAUUUAAAAUCUAGUUCGAUAAAAAUGUGUUUGUAUUGAUAGUCCAAGCCCUAUCAUUACAUUUUAUUAAAACUACUUAACUGUAACAUCCCAGUUAAUAUAUUAUUUAAAAUGCAAUGUUUCAUUAAUACUUCUGCUAGCCGCUAUUUUUGCUUCAUCACAUGUUUCAAUUUUAUUAGAAAAGUUUAGUCUAUAUUGACUUUAUAAAUAUUUCAAAAUGUCUGUUUCUCAUUUGAAUUAUUGUUUAUAUACUAUCAAAUUAAAUUAUACUUAAAGGAUUUUUCUAUUUUUUUUUAAUUAGUUAUUACUUAUUUUGGUUUGGAUAUUUUGACCUAUACUCUAUUGCAAUAGAAAAUAAUGAAUUCAGCCAACUUAUUUUUUCAUGUCAAUGUGCACCAACAACCUUUGCUAAUGGGUGGUUCACAUUUUCGAUAAUAGUAAAGGUUUUUUGGUGGUCUUUGGGAAACAACGGUUAGCAAGGUGGGGACAUUUGACCUCGGCAAUGCCCCAGCCAUCAGCCGUUAUUCUCUUUUGAAAUAGAGUAUAGAAUUAUGAACUGAUAUUAUUUGUUAAAUCUAAAUUUUUUAUGACAGAACAGACAUGCUCGACUUAUUAGAUAUUAUUAUUUUUAUUUUAUAACAUUGUUAAGGCUAAUGAUUAAAAUAGGGCAUAUCUUCUAAAUUGUUUACCAACUGUAUUAAUUUACAUGUUUUAAAUUCCUUGCUAUAGUGCUUUAUUUUUUUUUUCUAUUUUGUGUUUUAUUAAGUGAUGGAAGUGUUAUGUUUAACAUAUUAUUAUGAAUUGAGAUCAAACAAGUUACUAUUUGAUCAAAUUUUACUAACAUAACUUUGUCGCCUUAUCUUGUAUUAUUUUAAAUAUAUUCUUAACAUGCUCAAUAUGUUUCUGCAUAUAA